AUGACAGUAGCGCCAAUACUAACUAGGGAGCUCAGUUUGUCGGAAAACUUCUUGCGGUUCCGAACUGCAACAAGGUUCUACAGGAACUUCCAAGUUACGGCGACUUAUAGCCAAUCUUUGGGUGCAAAUCUCGACGUUCUCUUCCAUGCUUUGCGGAAAACCUUGCUCGAUUACCAUAUAUUGAUCUGCAAUGUGUUCACUGAACUGGGAAAGAAAGGUGCCUUUUUUAGACCGCUCUCCAAAGCCACUUUGGCUGACUUGUUGGUAUUGAAAGAUGGAAAAUCGUACUUGACUGAUGGUACAAUCAAUGAAAAAUUCAUGAAAGAAGUCAACGAGACGAUUUUCAAACAUGAAAUCGAGUCCCCCUUAUUCAGGUUGAUUCUUGUAGGUGAAUUUGAUCUAUGUGCUGUUUUUGAGCAUACGAUGGCCGACGGGGUUGUAGGCAACUAUUUCCACCAAAUCUUAUUAGACAACCUAGCCUACGUUCAGGACCCAGAGAACUACACUAUGUUGGUCUCAGAUUACGGUAUUGACAUCAAGAGUCAAGUUUCAAUGAAUUCAGUCAUCUUUGAAUAUGCUGCGGAUGUUCGACACCUUAGAAACUCCCUCCCUCCUCCUAUUGACAGUUUCCUCGCAGACCCCGAUGUCGACUACAGUGGAAAUGAUCCUGAAUACUUCGACAAAGUGGUCCCCACAGACUAUGUAGGUAAAAAAUGGCAAGGAAGGUUUAUGCCGACAUGGGAUUACACCCUCAGUUUCAAACUUCUUAAUUUCACUCCAACAGAAACGAAACAGAUUCUAGCCAAGUGCAAAGUACAGGGAGUGACGUUGACUUCGUAUAUUGCCAUUAUCCAUAUAUUUACCAUGCAGCCGGUAUUUGGAACCGAAUGCUACAAUACCCAUAGAAUUGCCAUGACUUUGCGAAGACAUUAUGAUGCCAAUAAUACCAACUCCGCAUACAAAGAAUUGUUGACACGAGAAAAUUCCAAGAUCCUUGGAAGCGUCGCCCAUGUUGGUUUUGCUAACAAUAUGGCACCUUUAUCUGAAUUUUCAUGGGAUGAGGUUAGGAAAAUCAAUGCUAAUGUGGCCACACAAAUUUCGAAUAAGAACGCCAUGAAUGCUUUUAAGGGAUUCAAACAAGCAUACGAAGCCCAAGAUGAUCCUUCGUCGUUUUUUGAAUCACAAAUGGAGUUCCCCAAGGCUGAUGCUUCUAAGAUCUCCAAUUUGGGAUACAUUAAGAUCCCCAAUUACGAAAGAGAUACUGGAUCUUGGACUAUCACCAAUAUGAUAUUCUCACAGGAUGUCAGCCCCACUACGGCCGAGUUCAUGUUGAAUGUAGUUUCAACACCAAUUGGCGGAUUGAAUUUCGUCUUGACUUACUACGACCAUCGAUUUGACGAUGUAGACCUCGACAACUUUGACGGACUCGUUGCAAAGUUGAAAGAGAACAUGCUCAAAUACUCGCAAUGA